CUUGUCCGAACCCGAAAACUGUGAAAUGAUGGGUCCCAUCUCUUAUAUUCUAAACCACAAAAACAUCUAAAGCCCUUGGGGUUUCUUUUAAUACCUUUGUCACUCCUCCCCUUUGCUUUGGCUGGCAAUACUCUCCGAUUACUGGAUCAGUUCUUUGCUGCAAUCUUUCUGAAAUGGAUCCACAAGGACAGGAUGUCUUCGAGGUUAUCCUACGCGUUUUGGAAAUUGAGUUGGAGAGGGAGAGAGAGAAGACAAGGCUCAUGGAAGAGUCGCUAAGGGCUGAUCGAUCUGCACUGGAAGCGAAGGAGAGAGAAAGAUGGAUCCUUGUGAGAGAGAAGGAUCGAAUGCUUGCAGUGAAAGAAGUCGAGGAAAAAUUGGUUGCUGAUUUCCUCGAAGCUGAAGCUAGCAAGAAUUUUGAUGAUCAGAAAGCUAUGAUUGACGCUAUUGUAGCUUCGAUGUGCCGUGGCGCCGGUGAGGGAAACAACACUGGAGGAGUUGACGGCGGUUACGGAGUGGAUAUUAACUACCUUAUCAACACUCAGAGCCUGGAUGAGGGAACCGUGAUGGCGACUAUUGAAGGAACGAACGGUGAUGGGAAGUGAUAUAGCUAGCAACAACGGUGGUGUUCCUGGUGGAUACGGCUGCGGUUGCAGUGCCGAGCAUUGUGAAUACGGUGAUGGUCGUUAUUUGCCUUAUGUUUUCCUUUUACAAGAAAUAACAAGCCUGGGUUUUAAUUUGUUUUCAACUGCUUAUACUUCACUAUUGUGUUAGAGGUUGAAAGCAUGUUUUGUAUGUAUUUAUCAAUCUAGAAGUUGCUGCUGAAGCAAAUUGGGAUUGAGGAGUGUUUAUUA